CCAAAUAUGACUACGGAUAUUAUAAAAUGGGUUGGUAGUAAUCAAUUAAAAAAAUUAAUCAGUUAAAACUGAAUUAAAAUUGCAACUUUUAUUGUAACAGGUAAAACAAUGCAAGCAAUGCCAAACAACAGGUGCACUUAUUUCAUCAGCAGAGCCAUUACGUUCAAUAAAGACAACUCGAGUAUGGGAAAUUGUGGGUAUUGAUUUUGCUGGACCCUUUACAGAAACAGCAAUGGGCAACAAAUAUUUUUUAAGUUGCACAGAUUUGUUUUCCAAGUGGCCGGUUGCAUAUGCUUUACCAAAUAAAGAAGCUACCACUGUUGCAAAGCCUAUUAUUAAAUUAGUUACAACUUUUGGAUUUCCUUCGGCAAUACUUUCAGAUAAUGGAACUGAGUUUUGUAAUCAGUUAAACCACGAAAUGUACAAAAUGCUGGGUAUUGAACGAAGAAAGACAGCCGUUUAUCACCCACAGUGCAAUGGACAAGACGAAAACACCAAUAAAAAUGUAAAAAGAAAGUUAAGAAAACUGGUUAAUGAAAAUCAAACAAAUUGGAACGAAUAUGUUGAUAUUGUUUUGUACCCACUACGAGUGGAGAGGCAACAAUCUACAAAAGUAUCCCCUUUUGAAAUAAUGUUUGGUGGUCGGUCACCUGUUUGUACUAGUGAAUUUGAGGAAAACAAAAUAUUUGUGAAUGCAACAGAUGAUAAUAUAACGAGUGAAAUAGAAAAAAGCAAACUUCGCAUUGAAAAUCUCACAAAUUUGGUUUAUAAGAACAUCAAAGAUGCUCAAAACAAGCAAAAGAUACAUUACGAUAAAAAAGUAUUGAAGUGUAAAAAAAUUGAAAAGGAAUCCAUUGACGUUGAAGAUAAAGUAUUGUUACUUGACAUUAGGGGUCGCAGAUCAAAAGGUGCUGCAUUAAAACCACGUUUUAAAGGUCCGUUUAUUAUUUCUCAUGUAACACAAUGUGGGAACUUUAGAUUAAAAGAUGAUAAAGGUAUGCAAAUAUCGGGAACGCACAAAAAAAUACAUAUAAAAAAAUUCAUUGAAAGUACUGUUGUAAAAGAUGAUGUCAACGUUACAGAUUUGAGCAAUAAUGAUACUUCAGUAAAAAGAACACAAAAGUUUGACGAUUCAGAAGUAAGCGACAGCGGUAAAAGCUGUAUUAUUGAAAACAGUGAAGGAUUCGAAAUAAUCGAAUGCCUAAAAAAUCUUAAACCGAUAAAAGCAAUAAUGGGUAUAUUUAAAGAAUUGGGAGACAGCAAAAUAUACAACUACUCAUUACAAGAAACUCUAGUUGAUUGUUUGAGUGAUGAAACAGUUUACGUUUAUCUGAGUUUACUUGCUAGUAAUCAAGAUAAGAACAAAAUUGAAGUACUAGCACCAGCCGGAUUACUAUCACAAGAAGUCUUACCAAAUAAAACAGCUUUGAUUCGAAGGAAAAAUUUGGUAUUAAACAUUUUCACUGAAAAAAAAAAAUUGAAUGUUAUUAAAAUAUUUAAAGCAUUAAUUAAAAAUUAAAUAUAGAUAGAUAAGCGUAACAAGGCGAAUGGUUAGGGAGUCGCUUUUUUUCCUUUAAUCCUACACAUGAAGAGAUUCAUGCGCAUAUGGCCGUUGUAAGGUCGAUGCAAGCAUAAAAAAAACAUUAAAUAUUAAGGAUAAAAGAUCCUUCACAUGAUUAUGCCACUAAAUACUUAUUCAUAACACAUGCGGUAUUUAAAUAAAAAUCUUAUUUAUAUGCAGGAUGAGUUGUUAAAACUAGAUAUUCUUAUAUGCUGUGUUGUUGCAAAACAUCAUUGGACGCUUACAGUGAGUAAACUCUUUUAUAUUUAAUGAUCUAUUCAUCAAAAUGGAUGAAUGAAUGAAACGGGUUAGAUAAGC